GUGUCAGUGAAAGAGGCAGGAGGGGAGGAGAUUCUGAGGCAGGCCAAUGCUCACUCCUUCUUUUAGAAGAAUUUUAUGUUCUCUGGAGUGGACUGUGUUGGGGUGGGCAGAACGGAUGUUUGCUGCUAUUUUCCGAAUUUUUGUGCUGCUUGGAGUCCAGUCCUGGCAUUCCCUGCCUGCCAUGAGGGGACUGUGGACACCCCAGCCUGGCACCAUCACCAGCUCUGUACUGCUGUGGGUAGCACUGUUGUGUCUAGCUCCAGCCAUCAGGAGUAAUGGUCCCCCAAGGGCAGUACUGACCCUGGAACCCCCAUGGUUCAAUGUGCUCCAAGGCGACAAUGUGACUUUAAAUUGUGAAGUAUUCCAGACCCUUGGACACCAUUCCAUUGAAUGGCUUCACAAUGGGUCAGCUCUCCCCAUCCACCAGGACUCCUAUACCAUCCCAGCUGUCAACAUCGAGGACAGUGGGGAAUACCAGUGCAGGACAGAACACACUGCUCUGAGCAACUCUGUGAAACUACAGGUCUUUAGUGACUGGCUGCUACUCCAAGUAGAGAGAUUAGAGUUCAUGGAAGGUGACUCUAUGAUCCUGAGGUGCCACAGUUGGAGGAGCAAACCACUGCACAAAGUCGCAUACUACCACAAUGACCAAGCCUUGAAGUAUGAACUUCAGAGUUUUGACUAUAUUGUCCCUCAAGUGAACUAUACUCACAGUGGAUCCUACUACUGUACAGGGUUCAUGGGGCAUAUUUCCCAUCUAUCUGCAACUGUGGUUAUCACAGUUCAAGAUCCAAGACCAUCCACUUCGUCAUCUUUUAAAUUCUGGCACUAUGUGCCUUUCUACGUUGUGAUGGGAAUUCUGUUUGCAGUGGACACUGGUCUGUACUUCACACUUAAGAGAGAGGUCAGUCUCUCAAAGAAGAAUACCUGGUGCCCUUUUUCCAGACAACAUUAGGAACCUGAGGAUGACUGACUCAUCAGCCUGUGGAAUGACUGAGGUCUUGGCAUGGCAGUGACCCAUUCAUCUCUGUCAAUUCUUCAUAUCCUAGUCCUCAUUCUUUUUAGUCCAUUCCUGAGGGCAGCAGAGGGGGACUCCUGUCAAGCUGGGGAUGAGGACUCUUCCUUAUCCGUGGCCUCCAGUGUCUUUGUCUUUAGAGGAUAGAGGUGUCUGUGAGCUCUGGGCAACAUAAUCAACCUCAGCUAGCACCCUUGUCAUGGCUGAGUUCCUAGGAGCUCAGGGCUACACAGUACUGACUCAUCCCUAGACAGAGAAGGACCCUGUAGAUGUAUGAAAUGAUUUUAGCAUUUUCAUAAAUAAACAAAUAAAUUUCUAGGACAGUAACAAUUGAA